AUGGUGGACGCGCGGCCCUCCUGCAACUCGUGGCUCUAUGUUCCGCUGCUGCAUGCGGCGGCGGGGACACUGGAACGAUCUGCUUUCGAGGCGUGGGCUCGCCAGACGACAUGGGACGGGUGGCUGCCCAUGGUACAGCUCCUGCAGGAGGCGGCCCCCGCGGAUGUUGGCAUCAUCCGCCUCGUGCUGGAAGGACAGGGGGCGAACCAAGCGGCCGCCCGGCUGCCGGAUACGUCCCGCUACGCUGUGUCGCUGCCGCUUCCGGCAGUCGCGGCGUUCCUCGCCGAACCAGACGGGUACUUCAUCGCGUCUGUGCAGGAGACGCUGCUGGAAAUUUUCGCCGGACCAGAGGCUGCGACGCAGCUGCCAGGCUGCGCGAACACCUUCCGCCUGGCGCCAGUCCUGCAGCUCGAGCCUAACCCACACCCGGGCAUAGCGCCGGAGCGAGGGGCGGCGCCCGCCAUCAUGUCGAGUUGGCGGACGCUGCGCUGCAGCGCGGUCUUCGUGCCCUCGAUGACGUG